CUAGUGUCACGAUGGAUCGUUACUUUGUCGGGUUGAUUACUUGCUUCACAUUUACGACAGUAUCCUGCUGCGACAUCGUCAAGCUAACUUUCCCAAGUGGAUUUCGCUUUGGAGCCGCAACUGCCUCGUACCAGAUCGAAGGGGCCUGGAAUGUCAGCGACAAGGGGGAAAAUAUCUGGGACUAUUGGACCCACAACUACCCAGAAUACAUUGCCGAUGGCACCAACGGUGACAUAGCCUGCGAUUCUUACCACAAAUACGAAGAGGAUGUACAACUCAUUAAGUCUGCAGGAUUAGAUUUCUAUCGAUUUUCCAUCAGCUGGUCACGCGUCCUUCCGACAGGCUUUACGAACGUAAUUAGCGAGGACGGGCUCCAGUACUACAAAAACUUGACCGCGGAGUUAGUGGCGAACGGCAUCGAGCCGAUAGUGACGAUAUAUCACUGGGAUCAUCCCCAAGUCAUAGAAGAUAUGGGGGGAUGGACGAACGAGCUGAUGGUCGAUUGGUUCGUCGAUUAUGCCAGGGUCCUGUUCGAGGCGCUAGGAGAUACUGUGAAAAAAUGGAUCACCAUCAACGAACCUCGCAACAUCUGCCUCCUCGGAUACGAAGACACGCAAAAGGCUCCGGGAAAGGUGAUUCCUGGCAUCGGGGCGUACCUCUGCAUGCACAACGUCCUGAAGGCGCACGGCAAAACUUAUCGAAUGUACGACGAAGAGUUUCGCGAUAUCCAGCAGGGCAUUAUUGGCAUAGCAUUUUCGCUUUUUACAAUAAUACCAGCGAACUCUAGCGACACUGUAUCAGCCGAGGUAGGCUUCCAAUUUCAAAUAGGAUGGAAUACUCAUCCCAUAUACAUUGGAGAUUAUCCGGAGGUUAUGAAGACCAGGAUAGCCAUGAUCAGCGAAGCUCAAGGUUACCCGAGGUCCCGCCUCCCCGAAUUCACGGACGAAUGGAUCGCCAUCAUCAAUGGUAGCUCCGAUUUCUUUGGAGCGAACCUUUACACGUCGGGACUCGCCUAUCCUGACCCUGACGAGGAGCUCGGCAUUUACAACUCAGACAGCGGUAUCAUACUCGAAGUCAAUUCGAGCUGGCCACAGGCGGCCUCCAGCUGGUUAUACGUCUAUCCUCCAGGAUUUGGAUACAUGCUUCGCCAGAUCAGGGACUACUACAACAACCCGCCGGUAUGGAUAACGGAGAACGGCUACUCGGACAAAGGCGAGUUGGAAGAUUAUGACAGAAUCAGCUACUUCUACGACUACCUGAGGGAACUGCUCAUCGCGUUAAAACGAGACGGAUGCGACAUCCGAGGUUACGCUAUUUGGAGUCUGAUGGACAAUUUCGAGUGGCAAGACGGCAUUGCGGAUAAAUUCGGUAUCUACAGCGUGGACUUUGACGAUCCUGCCAGAGCCAGGUCGUCCAAGCUGUCAACAGCAUGGUGGGCGAAGGUUACUUCAACUCGUAAGCUUCAGCGUGUUCCAACGAACAGUAAUGCUCGAAUUAAGCUGCCCUGGGAGUGACAGCUUUCACUGUCUUCUUAAAUGAGGAAUUUCAAAAGGUAGAACGGAAUCGAGAUAACCUUUCAAGAACAGUUCGCACAAAGAAUUCCUCUCGGUUUCUACC